AUGGAUAGUCUAUACGAUUUCAACAAACGCUGGGCGGAAGUGAAGAGGCGGCUCGAGUCGGGUCUCACGUACGACAGAGUGGCCGCGAAGGUGUUGGCGGACUCGGGAGUGACCGGCCAUACAGUGGCCGAAGAAUGUCAACUGCGAUGGAUUGAGGAGAAAGUGGCUGAACUGGAUCGAGAUGUGCAGACACUGGCCAGCGAUGGCCGGGAAAAGCGUAUAACUGUAAUGAAUAAACGGUGCGAUGACUUGCGCAAAGAGUUGGACGGUAUGGAGUUGGAGGGCCCGCUCCGGCAGAUGCGAGUGGACAUCAUGGAGGCUAAGAACAAGGUUGAGAUCAAACUGAACUCGAUUGCAAUGGCUAAUUUAAAGGCCCUGUUGGCAUUGGUAAUUGAUGAAGUUCACACCUUAAAACUGACCAUCAGUGAUAUGGCCACCGAUGCCAGUGAUAAGAGUGCGGACAUGUGUUGGAUUGUGCCAAUACAGGUGAUUACCAUUGAAGAGGUUGAGGGCAGCGAUCGGUCCCACUAUGUGCUCAACAAACCCGGUUUGGAUCAAAUACUGGCCAAAGUGGGCGACAGGAAAGUGGCCCUUAUAUUCAAUGUGGGUAAACAGGGAGAGGGCAACUCCUUCCUCCUCAAUAAGAUUGGCCGCCAUAUCGUUAACUCUGUGAGAAAUGGUGUCCAAACAUCGGGACCGGCAGAUGAACACGACUUGGACUACGAUAUGGGCGCCGAUAUCGAGCUUCUCGAAGACCCAAACGAUCCUCUAAUCGGGUUUGAGUGGAAGACAGACGUCAACGCCAUUACAACCAAAGGAAUUUGGUUUUCGCAGCCGUUUAUCGUCCGUAAGACAGACGGCGAAGAAGUGGCCAUCAUUUUGGUGGACACACAGGGCUUGUUUGACGACGAGUCCACUCAGCGAGACAUGUCGACCAUUGUUGGCCUCAGUUUACUGAGCGCUUCCACAUUGAUCUUCAAUGUUAAGGACAAUCUUAAAGACGAUGUCCUGAAUAUAAUGCACUCAUUCCUGGACUACGGACUACAAGCCGUCCAGAGUGGGGACGCCGGCGGCGGCGAUGGCCAUCCCGGAGCCGCUCAACGAAAACCGUUCCAGGAUUUGAUCUUUAUGAUCAGAGACUGGAGCCGUCCGGACCCGCCCUACGAGUACGGUCUGAAAGGCGGCCAAAACUUUUUGAACGUCAAACUUGAGACCAAAAGCCGUCAGAGCGGCGCCGCCCGAAACGCCCGCCAAAUAAUACGCCAAUGUUUUGAGACAAUUCAGUGCUACCUAAUGCCCGAUCCGGGACAGGAGGCCCGGCGGCGGGAUUUCACCGGUUGUUUCGGUCAAUUGAGCACUGAUUUCAACGCCAAAGCCAUAGAGUUUUGCCGUUUUCUCUUAAAUCCCGAUAAGAUUACUGUUAAGUCAGUCAACGGCCGACCGAUCACUGGCCAAGAGUUCGGCCACUAUUUCGAGGCAUACGUUGCAAUGUUUAACAGCGAAUCCAUGCCUCAGGCGUGCGAUCUGAUUGAGGCCACACAUCGGGCCCACGAUAUCAAUCUUAUUAAUCAACUUAAGGAUGAGUGCACAUUGGAGUUGGAUCUGCUACUGUCCGGUCAGGCCUUCUACGGGCGCAGACAACUGGCCGACGAGUCAACCGAAGUGAUUGAUACGUUGGUAUCAAAGUUUGAAUUCCGGAAGCGGUCGACCGCCGAGUCUGUGGUCCGGGAACUGACGGAUCAGUUGUCCCGCACUCUGGAGAUGGCUUUCAUUCAGAAGAACGAAGAGAAUGAGAGCCGACGGCUGACGGCCACCACUGAGAAGGUGACUGAAUUGGUCGCCGAGUUUAAGGGAGACAUUGCCGGUCGGGUCAGACCCGGCGUAUGUAUUGCCGAACAAGUAUUGGACGAAAUGAUUGACGUUAAACGAGAGCAUGUGAUCACUCUAUUCGAUAAGUUUGCGGCCGAAGAACCGGAUUUGUUUGGCGAUCACAAGAAACGGUUGUUAAAUCAAUUGGAAAGCGAAGAGAAGUUGUUUAAAAGUAAUAACAGUCGAGCGCUACAGGAGUUGAUCACCCGAUACGAGACAAUCACCGCUGCGCUUAAGAGUCGAUACGACCAGAAAAUGAAUGAGUUGUUUGUCGACCAAAACACAUUCUACGGCGAGGAGCACUUGGACACACUGAGCGCCGGUAUUAUCGCUUCACUGGUCAAUGAGUUAUCGGAGGCCGAUGUGGGCACCGAAGUGGUUCCCAUCGAGCCAUACAGACAGGCGUUGGACACACACUGUAGUGAUAAAUACCUCACCCAUAGUGAGUUCAACCGUAUGCGCACGUUUCAGGACAGCACUGCCAUGACUACAGUUCUAAAUAAUCUGAACAAACAAUACGAAGACGCGUUGGACGCGUGGAUCCAAUGCACCGACACUGAGGAUAAGCGCCGCUAUCUGGACGAGAGUCGACUCAUCCGCACACGCAUUGUGUCGGAAAACACAGCGAAAUAUGGCCACCGUCUCGAUCUCGUGGACCUCAACGCCCGAUUCGACACAACUGAACGCGAAAUGCAGGACGUGUUCGCCGAAGAGGUGGAAGACCGCCGGCGGGCGAAGGCUGCGCUCGUGGACCGCGCGAUGCAGUGGUAUAGCCGUGAGAUUGACAAAGAAUACGGCGAUCAGCCGUACAUACGGCCCGAACGGUUGGACGCCAUUCACAAGGGACUGGUGACCGGCGCAGUUGCCAAGUUUACAAAUGACCGUGGUCAUGUUGCUAUGGAUGACUUCAAACUGUUGAUGGACUCUAAGUUACAGCUGGCUUACGAUAAGGUUGUGGAUGAAAACAACAAAAACGCACCGACAGUACCGGCCAUUGGCAUCGAUUUGGGCACAACCAACAGCUGUGUCGCCUACUAUAUGCCCGGCCGGUCCGCCAAUACGGGCCGUAUCAAAGUUUGCCGUAAUAUUAACACAACUCGUAAUAGCGAUGUGACUCCGAGUUGUGUGGAGUACAGAGACAACGGGGAGGUAGUGGUGGGCGAAGAGGCGAAAGAUAACCUGUUGGCCAAUCGCCAGAACAUAAUCUAUUCGGCAAAACGUUUGAUUGGCCGCAAGUUUGACGACUCGGACGUCACUCACGAGACCCAGUACUGGCCCUUUGAUGUCGUGGAUAUGGACGGCGGGGCCGGCGUUGAGGUAGAAGUGGACGGUCAGUCUCGUCAACUGCUGCCCGAAGAGGUGUCGGCGGAUGUGUUGCGUAAGAUGAAGGAAGUGGCCGAACGUGACUUAGGGCACCCGGUGGUAGACGCCGUCAUUACAGUUCCCGCGUACUUCACAGACGGCCAGCGCGAGGCCACCAAAGCGGCCGGCAUUAUGGCUGGUCUUAACAUAUUGACCAUCAUUAAUGAGCCCACGGCUGCAGCACUGGCUUAUAAAUUGGACCGAUUUGACGACACGAGCAGCAGGAACGUGUUGAUUUACGACUUUGGUGGCGGCACAUUUGAUGUGGCCAUUUUGCGCCUGUCUAUGGGUCGAGUGGAAGUGCUGGGAGUGGGCGGUGACAACCAUUUGGGCGGCGAAGACAUUGACCACAAUAUCAUUGAACAUUGUUUGAGUGAGUUUUACUCGCAAACCGGCGUUUUGGUGGACCGCCAGUCGGUUGAGGGCGAGCGGGCGAUGAGAGCCCUGCGGGACCGAUGCGAGCGCGAGAAGUGGCGUCUGUCCGAAGCGACCGCCGCUACCAUCGCUGUCGACAAUAUCGCCGACGGCCGCGAUCUGUCCGUUGAGUUGACUCGAGCCGACUUCGAGUUGUUGAAUAAGGAUUUGUUUGACCGCACUAUGGAGUGCGUGACCCGUACUCUGGCCGGUGUUAACGGCGGCGCCGGUAUGUCGGCCGACGAAGUGGACGACAUAGUACUGGUCGGCGGCUCUACUUAUAUUCCGUACGUUAAGGACAUGAUUAGGCGGUACUUCAAUGGACGCCAACCGUCGCAGUCGGUGAACCCGAUGCUGGCCGUGGCUGAGGGCGCGGCGCUGCAGGCUGCAAUACUGAACGGAACUCAGGCCCAAAAGCUCCGCCACUUGCGGGUACAGGACGUCACACCACACACUCUGGGCGUGAAAUCAGUUGGCAAUGUGAUGAGCGCUAUCAUACCGGCCCAGUCCCGGGUGGAUGGCGUUCCCCGCACUAAAGUAUACACCACUGUUUGUGACAACCAAACCGAGAUCGAGGUGGAGGUGUAUGAGGGCGAGGACGCGGUGGCCACUAAUAACACCUUUUUGGGCAAAUAUGUGGUGACAGGUAUACCACCAGAGGCUGCCGGCAAACAAGACGUGUCGGUUAUGUUUUGCGUGAAUGAUGAGGGUAUAUUGAAGGUAAGGGCUGUUGUGUUGUCUCAACGCGCGCCCCACGAGUUCGAGGUUACCGAAUAUAAGGGCCGCCUAUCUAUGGAUGAGCUGCUCCGCCGCCGCCACUGAUUGUUUAUUGCAUU